AUGGCAGCUCCUCUUGCUGCUGGAAACACAGUUAUCAUCAAAUCACCAGACCAAGCACCACUCUCCUGUCUACGCCUAGCAGAAAUCCUGAAUACCACAUUUCCUCCUGGCGUCAUCAGUGUUCUUUCUGGUGGUGCAGAGUGUGGUAAAGCACUCUCUGUACAUCCGCUGGUGAAGAAAGUAACGCUGAUUGGAAGCGUACCUACGGGGAGAGCUAUUCAACAGUCGGUGGCCGGCAUGCUUAAGCCGACCUUGUUAGAGCUUGGAGGGAAAAAUGCUCUUGUCGCAUUUCCCGACGCCGAUCCUGUGAAAGUCGCUGCUGGUAUCGCUCAGGGAAUGAAUUUCGCCUGGGCAGGACAGUCUUGCGGUUCUACCUCGCGAGUUUUCCUCCACAAGUCGCACCACGACACCAUCCUCCAAAAGGUGGUAGAGAUCAUCCAGCGGGACUAUAGGCCCGGUGUACCGACAGAUCCAUCUACUACCAUGGGUCCGGUUAUCAGCAAGUCUGCCGAGGGCCGCGUGCUAUCGUAUAUCGAGGCGGGAAAGCGGGAAGGCGCAAGGCUGCUGAUAGGAGGUCAGAAGCCAGACGAACCUCAGGAAAUUCGGAAUGGUUUCUUCAUCGAGCCAACCAUUUUUACAAACGUCAAACCCGAUAUGACCAUAGCAAGGGAAGAAAUAUUUGGUCCUGUUCUUUCCGUAUUGCAGUGGGAGGAUGUCGACGACGUCAUUAAACAGGUCAAUUCGUCACCGUUGGGGCUCACAGCUGCGAUAUUUACGCGAGACAUUGGCCUGGCCCACAAGGUAGCGCGGAGGAUCGAUGCAGGGUUCAUUUGGAUCAACCAGGUUGGGCGCCAUUUCCAGGGAGUACCUUUCGGCGGCAUGAAGGACUCGGGAAUGGGCAGGGAAGAAAGUUUGAGCGAAAUGCUGGCUUUCACUGAAGUGAAAAGUAUCAACGUUGGUUUGAACUGA